AUGUACAAUGAACCGAUGGAAAAUAAAACGGAAGAAAAAUAUGAUGUGACAAGUCUGGAAGCAAAAGUAGUGAAGUCAAAUGAAAACAUUGAAAAGUAUGUUGGAGGGAAGAAUAAACUUCUUCAAUAUCUCGAAAAAAAUAUAGAAAAUGACGGUGUAUGGGGAACUGAUGUCGAAAUAUUUGCUGCUGCUUUUUUACUAAAGACAUCAAUUUAUGUUUAUUCUACAGUGACAAAUAAGUGGCAAAUAUUUAACAAAUAUAUGGACUUAAAGAAAAAAGUCAUGAGGAAUGAAAAGUGCAUUUAUUUAAGAAACAUCAACAAUGUACACUAUGAUGUCGUUAUGGAUGUAUAAUUAUGUU